UUGGUGUGAUUAGUGAAUAUUUUCUGGUCAAAUCUCCAAAUUAGUUUCUUUCCAAACUUUGUUUUUCUCUUCUGUGAUUUUCAAUGAAAUCAUUUUAUUUAGUGUGUUUUAAUGCAGUUUACUUUUAUAAUUCAAUACAUUUUUUAUCAUCAGUUCAAUGAUUUCUGACAGAAAAAAUGUUUUUCAUGAUUCUUUCUGUGUUUCAGGUCACAUUGAGUUCAGCCUGCUUAAUAAUUAAUGAGCACAGCUGAGAUGCCGUAUUAUUGAUGAGGUUAGACUCCUCCCCCAACAGUCCCACCUGACUGAUUUACAGGUUCAGUGAUUCACAACAAACAAUCUGUUGUCUUACUGAGAGAGUUUAACUGUAAAGAUGUAAACAGCUCAUGAAUAUUUAAUGACUCUGAGCAGCUUCAUCAGCUCUCUGACGCCUUUUUAUCCUCUUUAAGCUCCAUGUUUUGGUUUUCCGGCACACUUCCUGUCCGGUUCAGUCUCAGUGUUUCUGCUGAUGAAGCUUCUGAACAGUACAGACAGCAGGCGGACAGUCAGAGAGCAGCAGGUGAACAUGGCGGAUGAUCAGCAGCUACAGAAACAGAAGUUUCAGAGCGAGAAGAGAGAAUUCAGGACACAAACACAAAGAACACAUGAACGUCACGUUGAUCUGUGUCUGCUGGAGGUGAAAGCAGGCAGCUGGUUGCUAACAUGUUAGCAUCAGCAACAAGAUGGUCAGAAGAUGAGAUGGUCUUCUUUAACACAGAAACGCCCACAGAGAAACAACCCAAAGCUCAGAGCACAUCAGCCAAUCAGCAGCCAGUCAGCAGCUGAGCAGUCAGACUGAAGUAUGGAGACGAACUGGUCGAACCAGAAACCAGAAACAAGUUCAGGUGGAUCAGAAUGUCGAGUCCUUUCACACACAGAGAGACGGACACAGAUUACAGACGGAGGAAACAGGCUGGAUUUAAAGUUUUUAAAGUGUUUGUUGUGUUUUCAAAGAAGAAUGCAGCUGAGAACAGCGAGCAUCUGACUGACACGAGCUGACUGAUCGACUCCAACUGAAACCACAUCAUCAGAUUCAUUUCAACAGGCCUGAACACGAGCCGAGAGCCGCAGAGACACACGGUUCUCUCUGAAGUCUCCAAGAAGAUCAAGUGAAGCUUCAAAAUGUAACAUUGCAAAUAAUAAUAAUAAUAAUCAACAAAACUCGGCUGAGCGUCACAGAAAACAGACAGAACAUGAGUCUUGAUAAAGAACCUGAAAUACGUCUCCAAGAGGACGACGACACGAGAGAAUCAAACUCCGGUGAGCGAAAAGACGACAACAUGAGGAGGAAGGAUCCUCUCAAGACAGAUCAGAGGGAGAAAAGGACCACGAACCCGCUGAGUCUCCUCAAGGAGGACUUGAGCCAGUUUACAGAGGAAGUGUUGAAAAUGUUCAAGGACAAAGACACAAAGUCAGAGUGUGAAGACCGGCCAUCGAGUCAGACGAUCAGUAAACCUGCCAGCAGCACACUCGACCUUCUGAAGGAGGACUUGAGCCAGUUUAAAGAAGACGUGAGCAGCAUCUUCAGCAUCGGUUCAUUCAAGGACAAAGAGAUGAAGACGGAGGGUGAGGACCGGCCGACAGCUCCGGCAGAAAAUAAAGCUGCCAGCAGCACACUCGACCUUCUGAAGGAGGACUUGAGCCAGCUGAAAGAAGACGUGAGCAGCGUCUUUGGCUUCACUUUGUUAAAGGACAAAGAGACAAAGUCCACAGAGAAGACAAUCAACCGUCUCUCUAACGUCUUCAGAAUCGGUCUUUCAAAGGAGAGAGACCCUCCGAAGGACGACCCAUCAAACAGCUUCAAGAUAAAAGACUCCAGAUCUGAACGGCCUCUGAAGAGUCUGUUCAGAACAGACCUCCAGACUUCCCCACCAGCAGACGACAGUCUGGAAGUUCAAAAGACAAGUCUAGAGACACCUGAGGAACAAGUGGACGAUGGUGUUAGAGGAAACCCCUCAGAGAAGAAUGAAGAGACGGAGAAAAUCCGUCAUAACAUGCAAGAGCAGCUGAGUGUAGAUCUCAGUGUCUGUGAGGAGAAAACUGGGCGGACGGGACGCUCUGAAGCAGCAAGUGAGGAGGAGGUGACACCUGCAACACAGGCAGCUGAACAGAGACGUGACGGUAAAGAGCUCCCUGACCACUCUGAGUCAGAGGAAGACGAGACAACCACAGAGGAAGAGGAGGAGGAGGAAGAAGAAGGAGAAGAAGGAGAAGGAGAAGAAGAAGAAGAAGAAGAAGUAGAAGUAGAGGUAGAAGUAGAAGAGACUGGUCCCUGGGCGUCUCUGUCCUCUGGCCUCGGCCUCAUCAGUCUGACUGACCCAAACAAAGACGACUCGAGCGUUCGGACUGGAGACGAGUGGUCGGUGAAAAACUUCGCCUGCUAUCUGACCCUCGACCCCAACACCGCCAACUCAGAGCUGCGUCUGACUGACUGCAACAGGAGAGCGACUCGAGUCUGGUCGGACCAUCACCCCUCGGAGCACCCGGACCGGUUCACGUGCUGCUCUCAGGUCCUGUGCAGGGAGGGGCUGCUGGACUCGGUGUACUGGGAGGUGGAGUGGACCGGCGGCGCCGACAUAGGCGUCUGCUACAACAACAUCUCAAGAGGCGGAGACACGGCGAGCUGCCUGCUGGGACACAACGAGCGGUCGUGGAGUCUGGAGUGUUCAGAGGGAAGCUACACGCCGUGUCACCAGAACAAGAGGUUCAGAUCCUCCUCACCACGACCCUUCAGCCACAGAGUGGGAGUCUACCUGGACUGGUCUACAGGCUCUCUGUCUUUCUACUGCGUCUCUCAGGACGCCAUGGUCCACCUUCACACCUUCUCCUCCACCUUCACUGAGCCACUCUACCCGGCGUUCUGGGUCUGGGCCUACGACGGCUCGGUGUCGCUGUGUCAGGUGGAGUUAGACUGGGAGCGACUGCUGCAGUGAUGCUGCCUGCAGCUCACAGAGGAGCAGAGUCAAGCACACUGACUGACAGAGCCUAAUCCUAAUCCUAAUCCUAACACUAACACGAGAAGUUACAGACGCUUCCUGAAGUCAGGCAUGAACAUGAAGAAGUUCGCUUGACAGUCAGAAUGGAACAGAAACUAAUUCAAACACUGGUCAGUAACAGCUGUGGCUGUCAGGUCCUGUCACUGUUUACGUGCUGAAACAUUUGUGUUGAAAAAGAUUGUUGAAAAUCUCAGAGUUGAUCCUGAGGGAGCGCUGACAGACGGCUGACGACCGAAGCAACUGGACUUAAACACGUCACAUUAAACUAUGGUUUCAUCCGUCGACACCAACAGACCACGACUGGAGCAGAACCACACCAGCUUGUUCCCAUCAGUCAUCACAAAUCAUCAGCUAUGAUCCACACUAACACUCACACACACACACACACACACACACACACACACACACACACACACACACCUGCCCACCUUAAGAGUCCAACAGACUCUGAAACUGAAACACUGAACUUCCAGCAGCGGAUCAGUUCUGAUGUCAGGAAUCAAACAUUUAUGAAACUGUUAUAAUAAAAAAUCAGACGAGUCUGCUGUUGUCUCUGCGCUCUGUGUGUGUGUGUGUGUGUGU